UAUACAGAUUCUGCACAACUUGAUGAAACCAUAAAUCUUUAACAUGAGUUAUCACUGCUACUCAACCAAACAGAUAACUGUCUUGCUAAUGGUAAUAUUACACAUUGCACCACCAACAGCAGCCUUUGGAUAUGCAAAGUGUAUUCUAACCUAUGAGAACACAAGAUAUGCCAACUGUAUAGAAAAGGGGAUUGUGAAUUUAGGAGAAGCCGUUCGAUAUCUUCCUGGUACAACACUGUGGUUAAAUGUUUCCCAUAAUGACAUUGUCAUAGUGAAAGACGGAGCUUUCUCUCACAUGCCAAAUCUCAUAGAACUUAAAUUAAGUGGAAAUAAAAUCUGCACAAUUCAAUCUGGGGCUUUCUACAACCUGAGCAAUCUUCAAAUUCUGGACCUCGGUCAUAAUUCAAUACAGUCUUUGGACAAAUUGGACAUGAAUAAUCUGACAAACCUGAGAACUCUUAGCAUUGCCAGUAACAAAUUAAGCACAAUACAAAGCAUGACAUUAAACCAUCUAAAUGCUCUACAAGAACUUGAUCUGUCUCUUAAUCACAUUUCACAUUUUAGACUUGUGGCUGAAGCAAUUCAAGAUUUAGGUGAACUAUCCAAACUUAACCUGAGCUAUAAUUUUAUAUCUGAAUUACAAAAUAAACAAGGUUUGAUGGUUUUUCCCUCCUUGAAUUGUUUAGACCUGAGCUAUAACUCAAUUUCUAUUUUAGAUUUUAGCAAUCUCUAUAUGGCCAAUCUAACAAAUCUCAGAGUGAUGAAUAACAACAUGGCUGCUGUAAAUGUUAGCUCUUUUUCUUAUGUACCUAAUCUAGAACAGAUCACCUUUGAUGAAAACCCAUUAAAUAUUUCCUUCAUUUUGGGAAUUAAGUUACCAAAAUUGACAGAACUUCACUGGUCCAGCAUGAAACCUGCACUCAACGAUCAGCUGUCCACUGCUUGUCAGGUUUUCCAGACUUUACCAAACUUACAGAUGUUGGACAUCAAACAUUCCAAGGUUGCAAACUCUAAGCUACAGGAAAUAGGGAAGUGCACUAACCUAACUCAGCUCAUUCUUUCCACGACUUCCAUAGGGAAACUGAAUAACAUGGAUCUUCAGUCUUUCAAGUACCUUGAAAUCCUAUAUCUUGACAAGUGUAAAAUAUCGGCAAUUCAUGGAACUGCAUGGGCUGGUCUUGAAGCUCUUCAUACAUUGAUCCUAGAGAGAAACAGGCUAUCAAACUUAGAAAAUCAUUUGUUUAGUCCAUUAAUAAGCUUGCGGUACUUGGACCUAUCAAAAAACUAUUUGACCCACAUCAACCCAAAUGCAUUUACAGGCUUACGAAAAUUAAGCCACCUUAUCCUGAGAAGUUGUACAAUAGUAGCUAUUGUAGAAAGCACUUUUAUUAAUUUAAGGAACCUGAGGUUCUUGGAUCUCCAAGGCAAUAGCAUUUCAUUGGUUAAGAGCAGCUCUUUUCACAAAUUGACUAAACUUGAAACACUUUUAUUGUCAGAAAACAAAAUUAAUGCAAUACAAACAUAUGGUCUGAAAGGCCUAAUAUCACUGAAGAGACUUUCUGUAGCAGCUAACAAUAUUUAUAAAAUUUCUAAUAAUACAUUUAAAUGGUUGAGAACACUCACAAAUUUGAACAUAAGUAGAAACCAGUUGUCAUUCAAUGAAGAUGACUCUCGGAGCCCUUUUAAAAUGCUUGCGCUGUUAGAAACUUUGGAUAUAAGCUACCAGACAUAUCGUUAUAAGGAUAAAGUUUCACAAACACUAUUUCAAGGUCUGCAAUCCCUUAAAAAACUGUAUAUUCAAGGUAUUUCAUCCUUCUUUUUUAAAAAUGUGUCUUUUUCCUUUUUGACAAAUUUGACAGAAUUGGAUAUGUCUGAAACCAACCAGGGAUCAGAUUUAAUUUCCACAGUAGAAUUAAUUACAAAAUGUAAUCAAGUAAGACAUCUUGCACUCGAUAACAAUGGAAUCAGGGAUCUUCCAGAAAAUAUAUUUGAUCAUUUCACCUCGCUGGAAUACUUAUCGAUGAAGCAGAACAAAUUAAGGAAUAUUAGCAAGAACUUAUUGAAGCCACUGUCCAACUUAAGAUAUUUUGAUGUGUAUAUGAAUCCCCUCUCUUGUUAUUGCGAAAAUUAUUGGUUCCAGAAUUGGUCUGUGUUUAACACUCAGGUACAGGUACCCUUUCUACAAUCAUACAGUUGUUUUGACCGAGCAGCACAGGACAUUAAUUUCGUCAGCCAAGAUCUCAGCUAUUGUGGGACGGACAUCUCUGUGUUUUUCUUCAUUGGAACAUUUGUUUUAACUUUACUGUUCCUAGUAGGGAGUCUUGUGAUGGUUAAGCUUAAGUGGUCCAUACUUUACUUCUACUACAUGUUACGAGUAUGGUUUCAGUGGAAGCUACAGAAGGAGGACAGAAUUUACAAAUAUGAUGCAUAUAUCUCUUACUGCUCAGAUGAUGAAGACUGGGUCAUAAAAGAACUAUUAUUACAUUUGGAAGGCCAAGGCCAACGCAAGUUUAAACUUUGCUUCAAGCCUAGAGACUUCAUGCCUGGACACUACCAUAUUGAUAACAUCCAGGAUGCCAUUAACAAUAGUCGUAAGACCUUGUGUGUGGUCAGUAGAAAUUAUCUGGAAAGCCAAUGGUGUAGGAUAGAGAUUGAAAUGGCGUGUUCUAGAGUCUUCUACCAGCGGGAGGAUGUUCUCCUAGUGGUGUUUUUGGAAGAAAUCCCAGAUUUCAGACUUUCUGCCUACCACAAGUUAAGGAAGCUGAUAAAGCAGAAUACAUACAUUAACUGGCCUGAGGACCCUCGGGGCGAUGAAUUCUUCUGGUUCAAGCUUCGGAAAGCAUUAGAUGUUGACAUAUAUGAAGAGGAAAAGCUACAGCUUUCUGUGACUAAGUGACAAUAUGAUCGCUGUGAUUCUGAAUUCCCCAAUGCAGUAGUUUUACAGAGCUGUAUAUAAUGUUAUAUAAUGUUUACUAAAAAUGAGUUUCAAUUUGAACACCAUACUCCAGACACAAUACUACACAAAACAUACAUUCUGCACACAUACACACACUCCUCUAAAUUGGCCACACACUAGUCAAUAUUGUGCAUGAUUUGCACUAUUUCAACACAUCGUAACGACAAAUCGUGCAAUGUCAACGAACGAUAACGAUGUAGAUGCGUGGUCCUGCGGGUUGUAUGUCGUACCCUCAGAUCUUCCCUACAUGCAGUAAGAUCUGGCAAUCUCAUUAAUGACAGCAUACUCCUGGAUGUGGCCACUGACGAUAUCUUUUGUUAGAUUGCACAGUGUGUAGAUACCAUAUUGUUUGUCCAGGAGUGUCGGGGAGCUGCCGGGGAGUUCAAGGGAAAUCGCUGAUGACAUUGCAUACUGUAGUUUGCGAGUCAUCUAGUGUGGCCAGCUUUACACUUCUGACUUUGGGGGUUCUUCAGAGUUGUUA